AUGUCGGCAGGCACCUCACCCCCAGGCAUGCCCGCCUUCAACUUGGCCCACUUCCCUUCCGACUCGGACCGUAGCGCUGCAGCACGCACGCUCUUCUCCCGCAGCACAUCCUCCGAUGACGGCCACGCCACCGUCAACCUUCCACAGAGCAGCCCAAACUCGGCAGCCCAUCAAGCACACGACGCCGCUGCCGGCCACGCCCAGCAAGCCUCUUCCUUUGCUGGUCAAGGCAACAUCGGCCCUCAGUCCGGCGGCUCCCAAGCUCCCGGUCCAGCCAAUGCGCCGCCUUUCUCCGCAAGGUCCGCAUACGACCAGGCAAGUCGUCUGCGUCACAACUUCAACGCCCGCAGCUCCUCGCCUCUCUCCCGUCCGCCUCUCUUCAGCCCCAACCUGCUGCACGAAGUCGAGCGCUCCUCGUUCCCGCUCCGAUCGCCAUCAGGCUCCCAUCCUGCCUCCUCACCUCCGCCCAGGAGCAACGUCACCUCUCCACGCUACUUCAACGAUCCCAGCCACGGCGCUUCCAACUCGCAUCACCAUCACCACCAUGCCCAGCACAACCCGCAUCCCGCCCACUCGCUCCCGCAUUCUCAGCAACCACAGCACCAGCAUCUCCAUCCGCAACAAUCGCAUCAGCAAGCUGCCAGCAGCACAAACCAGUACUCCGCUCCUAACUUGGCGCACCUGCACGGCCAACCACAAUCCUCCUGGCAACAGCCCCGUGGCGGCAUCACGGGUCCCCUCGACUACCCGCCCUCCAUGCAGACAGCAGCCGGACCGCCACUCAACCCUCUCGACCGCCCGCAUUCGUCCAUGUCCGAGCGCACCUCGCGUCUCCAGGAGGCCGCCGCACGAGGCAUGGGUCCAGGCACCGCUCAGAGCCCCGUCGGCUCCAUCCACAAGGAUUCCGAGUACAGCAUCUUUGUCGGUGACCUCAGCCCCGAUCUGCGCGAAGACGACCUGGUGGCGCAGUUCCUCCAGCCUCCGUCCUGGCCGCCUGCGCAUCCGUUCGCAUCCGCGCUCAUCAACGCGCAGCAGGCUCAGGGCGUCUAUCAGCCCGGUGCACACAUCGGUCCCGCUCCCUUCCACUCGACCAAAUCCGCAAAGAUCAUGACCGACCCCGUCACCGGCGUCUCCAAGGGCUACGGAUUCGUCCGCUUUGCCCUCGAGGCCGACUGCAACCGCGCCCUCGUCGAGAUGCAAGGCGUCGUCGUCUCGCCCGCCAACGGCCUCUCGCCCGGUCGUCCGCUGCGUGUCAGCACGGCUACGCCUAAGAAUCGCGGCGCCGCACCUCCGCUCCCGCACGGCCUUCAGGGCGACCCCAACACCCAGCAUCUCCAAAUGCCGCGCCCUCACAACCCGGCUCAGAAUGCCGGUGCGUCUUUCUUGUACGGAGGUGCGGGAGGCGCCAGUGGCAUGGGCGCACGUGGCGAAGUGGUGUCGCCUCAGCCUCAUUCGCGACAGCAGUCGAGUCCGCCCGACGGCAUUCCGCUCACCUCGCCGAUCUCGCCUGCCUCGCCGUACGACGGCCCCAACAGCGCCGCCAACAACCACGGUAUGAUGGGCCCGCCUCUCGGACAGCUCUACGGCUCCUUCCCCAACGGCGGCGGCGAUGGCACUCGAGACUCGUCGCCCGCUGGCAUGCUCCGUUCGCACACGCCUUCUUCGGCGCCACCGCUCCCUCACCAGGGCGGCGGAGGCGGAGGCGGCAAUCCAGGCGACAGCGCCGCGGAUCCGAACAACACCACCGUGUUCGUCGGCGGCCUUUCGUCGCUCAUCUCCGAGUCGACGCUGCGCCGAUACUUUGAGCACUUUGGCGAGAUCACCUACGUCAAGAUCCCGCCCGGCAAGGGCUGCGGCUUCGUGCAGUACGUCCGCAAGCAAGACGCCGAGAACGCGAUCCAGCGCAUGAACGGCUUUCCCAUCCUCAACUCCAAGAUCCGUCUCAGCUGGGGCCGCAGCCAGGGCGACAAGGCGGCGGCGGCAGCGGCGCAGACCAUGGCGCACUACGCACAGCUCGGUCAGCUCGCGAGCCUUGCCGGGCUCAGCACGCUCAGUCCGUCGCAGCUGGCCCAGCUUGCCGGCCUCGGGAGUGCACUGAGUGCGGUGCAGGCACAGGCGCAGAGAGGACCCGCAUACGGCCCAGGCAACCCGGCGCUCGCCAACGACCCGCUGUCUACACUCGCUCGCCAGCUUGCGGCCGCCAAUCUCGGCGGCGGCGGCCCUGGCAUGGUGGGUGGCAGCCCCAACGUGGUUGGCUUGGGUCCGCGAGGUCCUCUGCCGCCUUUCCUGCAGCAGCAGCCGUCUUCGCCGCACGAUCAAGCACAUGCGUCUUCGCACCACCAGCCUGGGCAUGCGCAGCAUCAAUUCCGCGGACCCGGCGGGUUCGGCUCAACCCAGCACGCGGGCCCGCCCGGUGUAGGUAUGAACGAAGCCGGCGCCUCUGGCUACGGCGGCAGCUCGAGCUCGCAUUCGAACCACGGCUUUGACUUUGACCCGCGUGGAGGGCAGCAGGCGGGAUCGAUGGGCUUUGGCUCGGGCGCGCAAGACGCUCCAAGGGGUAGGCCGCCGUUCGCAACGCAUGCUUCGCACGACGACGGCGCGCUCUCCGAGUCGGAACUCGUGGAUGCCUUUGCCGGACUCGACUUUGACGAGAACACGCGUGCGGCGCUUGCGGCGCGGCUGCAGGCUGCCCAAGCCCGACCGCAUGCCAACGGGUUCGAGGUUGGGAACAAUGCGACGGGACGAGCCGAUCCCUUUGCGCGCGGCUACAACCGCGACCCCAACGCGUUCAUGUUCAGCCCCUUCAGCCCGUCCGACUCGCCGCUGGUAGGUGGCAAAGCCGACUUGCCCACAAAAUCGUCGCUCCUGGCCAACCGCCCUGACGACGAUGCUUCCACAGCAAAGGAUGCCAGCCCCACCAACGCCAACCGUUGA